GGGCGCUCUGUGGGUCGCCCUGCCCUCCCCUGGGUGCUGCAGCACGCCUGUGUCGCCCCCAGAGUCCCUCGACGGGUGCCACCCGCGUUGGUGUACGGAGGGAUAGCUGUGGGUGUAGAGCAUUUGAGCAAGGGAUGGAAAAUUGAUCUUAUUUUUCUUGGUGUUGGGGGGAAAAGUGGUGGUCGUAGCUGGUGUGGUUGAGUCCAGAACGCUUUAAAAAUGUGUUAAAACGCUCAUAGGGCUUUGGGAGACAACUUUGGUGCUGUGAUUUAGCAGCUGCAUAGGACUUGAGUGUCUUCUUGUCUUACAAGUGACAUUUGUUAAAGUAGCAGUACCAAAUGAAUUGAGUGUUUUGCAGCAUGUAUGUGGUCUUUUAAAGGUAAGAGGUUCCUGGCUUUCAUACUGAAAAGUAGCCAGUUUGAUGCCCUUUGACUUUAUCUAUCUCUGCCUUGAUGGUGAAUAUUAAAUUAAACUGGCAGAGUUGACAAAAUACCCUAGUAAAUGGGGUGGUGGACGGUGGGCUGUUAGCUAGAGUCUCAGUUCUGCAUUUUUCCUUUUAACGCCGUGCAUUCUGCAUCUAGAAGUGAUGUUCGUUCGGUUCUAGUCCUGCCUUCCUUCCCUCGCCUUUUGGAAAUGCUGUACUGGGGAUGGUGGCUUAAGCGUAGACUUUGAAUGUGUCUUACAGUGCUCAUAAGUCAUUUUCUUUGCAAAUACAUAAUUGGUACUCAUACAUACUGCUUUAAGAAGGGAUGAGAUUUAAUUGGAAAAGAAGGGAUGAGAUUUAAUUGGAAAUGUAGAUGUUUGGAGUCUUAUAUACAGUGAUAUAUUGAGAGCAUUUGUAACUACAGACACAAACAAAUGACCUUGAAACCACUGAGGAAUUUUACUGUACUUCCUAAGAUCUGGCAAAGCGCAGCGUUAGUGCCACUUUGAAAUGCCUUAUGGCUGUACCUGAGCUAAUGUUUUUUUUAUGCAAUAGAUGUAUUAAUUUUGCGUGUUCUUAUUCUAGUGGAGGGGUUUAUCCUUUCUAUAUGCAGUAGAGACUAAUUGCUUUAGUCUUAGCAUCUGAAGCCUUUUCAACAUGGUCAUAUUUGUGUAAAUCUUUUUAUUGGCUUAGUUAUGCUAGUAUGGAAUUUCUGUGUGUAAAUUUAUUUUAACUUUCCCAUAGUAAGGUGAACAUAAAUGGUCAUUCAUUUCCCUGGCUUUGUUUUAAACGCUGUUCUGCUGUGAGAGGUGUUGGUUCUUUCAUUAGUGGUUUUAUUGUUGUUACUCAUACAUUUAUUGCCUCUUUACAAAUCUUGCACUGCUGCUCUUGAGCUGAGGUAUGCAGGUGUAGUGAGUUUAAAUUGUUCUAAACAGCUGCUAACUUGAUUUGGAGUAUCUGCCCUUAAAAAAAAAAAAAAGACAAAAAAGCUUUUGGAUUAUUUCCCAGGUUUCUGGGUGGCUGUGUACAAACCAUGCUAAAGCCCCAGACUCAAUCCUAUCAAAGCCUUUGUAAAGCUAAGCUAGACUUUUGGGAGGGACAGAGCUAAGCUAUCUUUAUUUAGGGACUAAGUAGGAAAUAGAUGACAUGAUCUAGCAUUGUCUUUUUUUAAAAAGCCCAAGGAAUACUUCAGCUUUUUAUGUUCCUUAAAAUAAGUCAAUGCCAUUGGAGAGGUGGACUUUGCAGGUAAAAAUAGUACAAAGAUGCAAGCACAAGCUCCUUCCCAGUAGCAGCGAUGUUGAAACGUUGCUUUGAUAGGUAAAACCCUUGCGGUCCUGCAGCGUAAUGACUUUUGAUUAUAUUUGUUGCCACUGAGGUUCUGCAUAGCAAUAAAACAGAAUGCUACCUAAUGGAUAAAUUCAAUUUGUGAUGAAUAUACAUUUCAAUCCUGCUUUAAAGCCAUCUUUGCUUUUGCUCUAAUGCUUUUCUAAUAGAUGCUGGUAUCUACAGAGGGCAGUGAAUGUUACCAGCUACUUCUAGGAGUUUAAAAGUGAGAGAACAUUGCCUUUGUGCACAGAGCUUUCUUGUCCUGACAGUCUCCAAAUCAAUUGAAAAAAUCACAAUGCUAUCCAGCAGGAUUAGCUGACGGUGCUUUGGGUUUUGACGUCUGUAGUUCCAAUUCUGAAGGAAGCAACUGCAUGCUUUUUGAUCUCGUCUGUGUAAAUCUACCUAAUUUCACUUACUCAGAAGGAUUAGUUUGGAGAAGCUGCUAUAACAGCGUUAGAAUUCAUAGCUUUUAGCUACUACAACCUGUGGGCCAGAUCAAGAUGUUUUGUUGUCUAAUCCUUGUUGAAAUUUACAAGUCAUCCUGAGUUUCUGAUGGCAAAAUAACAUGGAGAGGCAGGCAUCUUGACUGAUUACUGCUGAAGCUCGAGAAAGUACCAACACUGAGCAAGCUGCUUUCACCCAGUAGGCAUUGCUGUUGAUUUGUAGGGACCCCUAGCAUCUAACAUUUUGCCACUGAGCAACUAUGUAUUGUGCUAGACUUGACAGAGAGUUCAGUUAGAAAACAGCUAAUUGCUGUUUUUCUCUGCAUUUGGGAGUUCUUGCUGUUCAGCCUAGACUUUUUGACAUGCAGCUUUGCAAAAAGUGUAUCUUGGAAAGGUGACACUUGGUUUUAGUAGCCCGUGUUCUGUAGAGAGCGGUUCUUCAGUUGUAAAAACUGUGAAAUAGUUACUAACUGUUAAUUGCAGACAUCUUAAGAAAUGCAUGGUUUUUUUGAACUUACUUUGAAAUUCUAAAAGUGCAUCAAGUUUUCAAGUAGCUAGUGUUCCAAAUCUGAUUUUGCUGGCAAAAUAUCUGGAGUUGUAGCAGCUGUAACUAUAUAAAAGCAGGAAUUGUAAUGGGAACAUCUUUCUUCAAUACAUUUGAAAACGCAAUUGGGAACAAGAGUAAGCUCUCCAGAUGGAGUUCACAAUGUGCCACACUGUUUUCUGUUCCGUUUGAGCCACUGUGCUUUGUGGUACUCCAGUAGUUAAGCAGCAGGGUUUUUUCACUUGCUUUGAUAGUCAUAGUAAGCCUGCACAUAUGCGGGUUGGGAAAAAACUGUAACUUCGUAAUAGAAAGCCUGGAAGAGUACAAGGAGUUUGAGUGGCUUAGCAAUGUUCUGCUGUUGUGAGUGCGCCAGCCUGGGGUCGGUGAGAAUCGUUCUAGAUGGUUCUGGGCUUCACUUCAUAGAGUGUUUUCUGACACUGAUUCUUCAUUCCCUUGUUCAGUCCUGAGAUUGCUGGUCAGCAGAAACUGCACAAACAGAUGCUUAGACCAGAUGAACCAUUCAGAUGUUGCAAGAAAGGCAUAUUGGUUUGCUGUUUUUAGGGGAAAAAAAAAAAACUAGGUACUACACUACAAUUGCAGUAGAUGACCAAAUGACUCGAGCUAGAAAAUAAUAUAGUGCUGAGGACAGUGGGCUCUCAGAGGGCUCCAGGAACUUUCUCUGAUCUUCAUCUGAGUGUGGAGUAGAUCUAGAUGAGGUUAUGCACUGGAUAGUUAGUCAAUUGUUGGAACAUAAAAUACGUCAGUGCAAUUUCUUAACUACUUAAUACCCGAGUACUGGUGAAAUAGCGCAACUUAAAUGUUUGAAUGCUUUAUAAAACAGUCGAAAUAAAGGUAGGAAAGGCUGUUCAACGUAUUCACUGAUGCAUUUAUCGAGCAGCCUUACUGUAGGUCUGUGCUAGCUACAUUUGCUUUCAGACACCUCAGGAUAAGUUUGUUUAACCAAAUACUUACUCAGAUUGAUCUGAAGAAGAUUUAUGUAUAGUUAUGGAACGAAGCUGCAUUUUUGUGACCAGACUACUUGCGUUCUUCAGUAGUUUUAAUCUUAAUGACAGCAAUGAAAUUAGUAGAAUUUACUUUACAGUAUAGAUGAACAAAGUUAAUAUUUGCUUGAAUUUCAUGGAAAUUUGUAGGUAAAUGCCUCACUCUAACUUACAAGGGGUGAGAGGAGGAGAUUCAGCUGUGGAAAGGGAAAAGUAAUGCAGAUGUGACUUUUCUGAUGGUAGCAGUUGUUCACCUCUCUCAUAAUAUUUUCAGUACUAGUCUUGCAUAUUUUUUUCAAAAGUAGAAUUGUGCUCAGAAGGAAUACUUGGAGUCUACUUUCCUGUGUGUUUUCUUCAGUUUCUUGUGUCGUGUUAUAUUGAUUCACUGAAGAUUUUUGCUGUAUCAGGAGGAGGCAGGACAGAGGAAAGCUGUAAUCUCUCUGCAACUUCCAGUGGGCUGAAUUGCCAGGAUGAGAUAGUGGUACCAGUGAGUUUUGCAGAUAUUCAAGCUGUACCUGCAUGCUGCUGAGCUUGAACAUGUGAAAGAGGCCUCUUGCCUUGUCUUUAGCUUCAAGGUGAGCAGUGGAUAUAGUCUGUCAUUAACAUUUGUGGUAUCUAAAUUAAGUUUGCUGGGGAGAAAAAAGUGGUUUUGUGAGUCUUGAAGCAAAAGCUGUCAUUUUGAGAUGUAGACAGUCAACACAAAAUGCACACAAGGUACAGAGGGCUGCAGGGUUUUGUUCCUACGUAACAACAUGAGAAGCUCAGUAAUGCCUUAACGUAGAUAAAAUCAGCUGUGGAUUUCAUGGUGAUACCUGUCAUAGCUUUUUGUUAAUAUUGGAGCUAUGAAUUGCGUUCAAGAAAUAAUUCUGUUUUAGGCUUCCUUUAGCAAAAAUCUAAAGUCAGAAAUGAAAUACAGACAACCAGAAAAAGGACAAGGAUUUGUCCAUGUUUAAACUGGGCCUCGUGAAUUUGGCAUCUUUUAUUCUGUGCUUGUCAUGCCUCUCCACUUUCAGUACUGAUGCAGAGCACUCCUUCACUUAUCUGUGCUUAACCUUGGUAUUUUGAGGGUAUCUGAGAAUGCUUCCUUGCGGUUAGUCUUCUCCCGUAUGUGCUGCAGAAACAUCUGUGCCUGGUCUAAAGCAGUGCAGAAGGCUGGAUGCCUAAAUGGCUUUCAACUGCUCAUGGAAACAGUGGGGCAGGAACAGAGGCACUCGUUCAGCUGCAAGAAGUGUUUCCUGCAACACUGCUCCAGCAUUAAAUUUCGUAUGUACCGAUCGGAUUUCAACGCAGAGCAAGAUCUUGGGGUUUACUUUCUCCUGUCUAGUAUCCAUCUCCGGUCUUGAACCAGCAAACGCUUACUAGGUAAAGACGGCAACUCCAAACUAACAUGGCAGUCAGACUGUGUGAUGUGGCUUCUCUGCUUAGAAGUGGUUCGUGGGCAGCAGAGCCUUGGACUGGGGUCUGUGGGAUUUUUAUUAAAUUAUCAGGUAAUCGCUGCCAUGGAAGCACAGCUGUCUAAUGGACCAACUUGCAAUAACACAGCCCAUGGUUCAACCACCAUAAACAGUUGCUCAUCACCAGUUGAUUCUGGACACACAGAAGACAGCAAGACCAAUUUAAUAGUCAACUACCUUCCACAGAACAUGACGCAAGAGGAGCUGAAGAGUCUGUUUGGCAGCAUUGGUGAGAUAGAGUCCUGCAAGCUGGUCAGGGACAAAAUAACAGGACAGAGCUUGGGUUAUGGUUUUGUGAACUACGUUGAUCCCAAGGAUGCUGAAAAAGCUAUCAACACUCUGAAUGGAUUGAGACUUCAAACUAAAACAAUAAAAGUUUCCUAUGCGCGACCAAGUUCAGCUUCUAUCAGAGAUGCAAAUUUGUAUGUCAGUGGACUUCCCAAAACAAUGACCCAGAAGGAACUGGAGCAGCUCUUUUCCCAAUAUGGACGCAUUAUUACUUCACGUAUUCUAGUUGACCAAGUCACUGGGGUGUCAAGGGGUGUGGGAUUUAUCCGGUUUGACAAGCGAAUUGAAGCAGAAGAAGCUAUCAAAGGCUUGAAUGGCCAGAAACCUCCAGGUGCCACCGAGCCCAUCACUGUAAAGUUUGCUAACAAUCCAAGCCAAAAAAAUAACCAGGCCAUCCUUUCUCAGCUGUACCAUUCUCCAAAUAGAAGGUAUCCGGCACCACUAGCUCAGCAGGCUCAACGUUUUAGAACCAAAUCAGCUUGCAGUUUAAGAGAAUGCACCACGCUUCAGAAGCUCUGCUUUGGCCUCCCUUCUUUUAGGUUGGACAAUCUGCUCAACAUGGCUUAUGGAGUAAAGAGUAGGUUUCCUCCCAUGACCAUUGAUGGAAUGACCAGUUUGGCUGGAAUUAAUAUCCCUGGACACGCAGGAACUGGAUGGUGCAUUUUUGUGUACAAUUUGGCCCCUGAUGCUGAUGAGAGUAUCCUCUGGCAAAUGUUUGGACCCUUUGGAGCAGUAACCAAUGUGAAGGUCAUUCGUGACUUUAACACAAACAAGUGCAAAGGGUUUGGAUUUGUGACUAUGACAAACUAUGAUGAGGCAGCUAUGGCAAUAGCCAGCCUGAAUGGAUACCGCCUUGGGGACAGAGUAUUGCAGGUCUCCUUUAAAACAAACAAAACGCACAAAGCCUAACAAGUUAUUCUCAGUGCAUUAAUAUAUGAAAUCUAUACAACAAAGGCAAUUUACAAGAAGCUUUAUGCAUUAGUAAAUGCCUUUGUUGUAUGCCAGUGUGGAAAUGGGGAUAAAAUGACUACUUAGCAUCCUAAGAAUAUGUGAGAUUUUUUAUUGCUAAUAUUUGAAUUAGAACUUCUUAAAUACCUUUUGUGUUUGAAUAUUGACAAGAGGUACAGGGUUUUUACCUGUCACAAUGCAUUCUAUUGCCUUCUUUGAAGAAGGUGGACCUUUUAAAAUGUUUCAGCUAAGGGAAGAAGUUUUUUCGUUACAUGACUGCCUUUAACCUAUGAGUAAAUAUUGAGGCUUUGUGUUAUACUACUUAAGUUUGUUUUUAUUUCUUGAUCUGCCUUGUGUUUAGUUUACAUUUUAAUGCAUUGCUAUUCUGUUGUUCAAGAAAAGUAUUUGAAGUUUACACUUUAUUUAUAAAGUUAUAAGCAGUAUUUAUUUUAUAAUUAUCAUUUGGGUUGGGGAAGGGGAACACGUUAUAAAAGCUUAUUGUAAGAAUACUGGAGAACUUUUCGUAAAGCAGUACCUUGCCAAAGAGAUAAGAGCCUCUUUGAUGUGGGUUUAAAAAAAAAAGCAUCUAUUUUUAUAAAAAAAUAAAAAAAAAUUUGGAGAAACUUUUUACUGGUCCUGGAACAAAUAUUUUGACUUGAAUACUUUGAGAAAUCUCUUCAUAAGACACCUAGUGAGCUUUUAAAACUUACCAGGAAAUUUGCAGUUGUUGGGGGAAAAUUUAGAAAGAUUUAUGAUGUAGAAAUACUUUUGAGACCUUUCUAUUAAGAAGUAGAGUUGAUGGGAUGCACUGUUGAUUUCAUUUUUGUAAUCAUCAGUGGAGUCUUUGAUCAUCCUGGUUAUUAAGUGAUAGAUGGCUCACAUUAAUUUGUGAUUUUGAAACAAAAGAAAAUUUAAAAAAGCUAUAUAAGAGCAAGCAGGAAACUUAAAAAUACUGAGACGGGGGAAAAAAAUCUGUUCUUCCUAAAGAAUUCCCUUCAGAUAGAGCUCAUGGUGUUUAGUGAUGUACUUGCUAUUGUUUGAUGAAUUGUUUUGUCUUAAGAAAAAGACAUUGUGCAUGGUUUGCACAGCAGAAGUGGCCUGAGUUGGGUAUAUUUGGAGGUAUUUUGAAAGUUAUGUUCAAGGCUAACACCUGAGCUUUGUGUAAUGUAAAUAAGACCUUGAGUUAUGAACCUUUCAGCUAAUUUUGGUUUUACUUUAUUUUUUAACUUACAUGCCAAGUGAUGGUCAACUUUGAAUGUUUUUGUAUGAGUUUUUUCUUUGUAAAUGGCAUUAACAUUGUUACUUGAGGUCUGCUUAUUCAUUUUUGUUGUCCUGAGGACUUGAAUUUACAGUGCAUCAGAUCUGUUGCUAUUUUUGUCUGUAGAUAGUCUAGCUUCAGCUGUUUAUGGUGAUGCUACAUUUUGGUUUAUAAAUAUGUUUGUGGUAAAAACGAGUAUAAUCAUAGGUUUUGAACAAAUUUCCUUACAUUUUUCAUACAAAACCCAUGAAUACCUGUAUGCUACUGAAAUUUAACUUUGUAUAAUGCUUAAAUCACUAUUUGGGGACAUAGAAAAAGUCUUUACCGUGUAUUGAAGAAAUUUAAGAAAAAUACAGAAUAUUUUCUGAUUAGCAUCUAGCUUAUAAUUGAAUUUUUGGAAAAAAAGCUGAGGGUUUUCAUGCCUUCACCAGGAUGCACUGACAACUAUAUAGUUACAUCCUGCUUUUUGUAUAAACUGAGAUGCUCAUAUGCUUCCCCUUAGAAAAAGCAAUGUUCUAUGCAUAAACAUAGUUGUACACUAUCUUUGCAGUUGCUUUUGGUUCUUAUUCUUUUAAAUUGUAGUUAUAAAUUUUUCAGUAUAGUACAGUACAUAUACUGUGAAGCGCGUGCUAAAGUGAAUAAGCGAGUUUUCAUGCUGACCCACUCAAUGCUAUUCAGAAAUGAAUUGGCUUCCUGAGCACUUCCUCAUUCUUAGGUGCAUUUAGAUUGUUAAAGCUCCUCUGUAUUAAAAAUUGUAUAUACUAUAGAAAACACACACUUUCCAAUGUGGGGGAAAACAGCUACGUGCUUCUUUUCCUUAUACUACUGUAGCAAACAACAGCAUUGAUGAGAAGGCAUGUAAAUUGGGCUUCACUUUACAGUGUUUAUCAGAGCACUUAGUAAAAUGUAAGGUUGGUAUUUAUUUGAAGUUGUAUAGUAUGACUUAAUUCACAUCUGUUGGAAUAGAAAAUAUAUUCUGUUGAGUAUUUAAGAGGUUGUACAUGUUUUAUUUUGUGUUUGGAUCCUUUGUACUUUUUCAUGUUCAGUACAUCAAUAAACAAAAUUGAAG